UUUUUUUAUAACCACGGCAUGGUUUAAUAUUUGAAUUAUGUUUUUCACGUAAUAUAAGUAAAAAAUGAAUUGGUAUAGUUAUUCGGAUGACUGAUUCGGUCAUUGAAUAGGCAUUUGGUUCAUAAGUCCAACUAUUUGUACGAGGUGACAGCUAUGACUACCGAAGCAAGGAAAGUAAGGAGAAGAGUCUUGACUAACAAUACCGUAUAGAAACAGAUGUUGCUAGCAGCUGCCAGAUUCAAGGAGUGUGGUACAAUCCCGGAAACAAUGCUAAAAGGUCUAGUAUGGAACAAGUACAACACAACAAUCGGGAUUCUUGUUAUUCUUCUGCUUUGUUUGCAAGGACUUACUGUGCUACUUGUUCCUGUUUUGAAUACACCACAUGAGACUGGCUACAAAAGCAAGGCAAUGGAGGAGAAUUCUGUGAUAUUACAGCGUUCAAAGAAGAAACUGCUAGAAGAUUUGCUUAUGUACAAGACUAAAAUUCAGAAUGCACAUACGAUGGAUUCAAGUGGAACUUACAUGUUGUUACCUAACCUCAUUGUUCCAGCAGGUGAUAAGGCGAGCGCAAGUAAUUUAACUAUAUGUACUCAGACCACUGCUAAUCAUCUUCACAAUCUUCAAGAUCUUACAUCUGUGUGGACCGGGCCUGUUUCAGUGACCGUCUUUACACAUGGUUUCAAAGCCGCACAUGACUUGUAUACCAUUGUGUACUACCAUUCAUGCUUUACCAAUAUUGCAAGGAUGGUGACAUUUCAUAUAGUUUAUCCGAUAUCAAAUCCACCACAGAAUCUGUCUUCCUUGCUGCAUGUAGAGUUACGCUGUGAUAAUCAUAUAAAACACUCUGCAUAUGAAGAGAAUCUCAACUAUGCUAGCAACAUUCCAUAUCCACAUAAUGUUUUAAGAAACAUAGCAAUAACCAAUUCUGUAUCAGCGUAUGUGUUGGUAAUAGAUAUUGAUCUCAUUCCUUCCCUGGACUUGUAUUCUCAGUUCCAACAGUUUGUUAAAAGAAGGACACGAUCAAAGAGCGGCAGCCAAGAACGAAUUGUGUAUGUAUUACCAUCCUUUGAAACAAACUCAGACAAUGUAAAUUUCACCAAAAAAUCUCUUUUAAGUCGGUGGAGCUCUGGUUCAGUGCGACCAUUUUAUGCUACAGCUUGUGAAAAAUGUCAACUUCAAACAGACUAUGAACUUUGGAGGCAGGUACCUGCCGUGAGUUUCCUGGAUAUAGCAUAUCAGGUAGAGUGGGAUGGUAUAUGGGAACCAUUCUAUAUUGCCCUUAAGGAAGGAUUACUGCCAUACGAUGGACGCUUCAAGCAGUAUGGUUUCAACAGGAUUAGCCAGGUAUGCGAGAUGCAUCUUGCUGGCUUCCAGUUUGCUGUCUUCAACAACGCGUUCGUUGUCCAUCAGGGUUUUAAAGAGAAGUCGGGAUUUCACAGCGCUAAGGACGAGGAAAACAGAAGAAACAAAGAACUAUAUAAUUUACUUAAACAUGAGUUGAAAGAUCGAUACCCAGAAUCAAACAGACACUGUUAAUGUGUAAACGAUAGAACAGCACACUACAAUAAAUAUCAAUUAUAACAUCUCUUUGCAUAGAAACAUGGGUGAAAGUUUUCCGUAUUAAUACGGAAUUCCGUAUUUUCGGUCUUCUCGGGGGUCAUUUUUCUAAAUCGUGUAAAUCCGAUGAGUUUUUCGGGGGGUGGGGUACCCCAAACCCCAUCAUCAACAUCGCGAUCUACUAAAAAUCGAAGACAAAAACUAAGUUAAAGGGCUUGAUUCACAAAUGGGCGAAAAUGGCCCCGUCUUUGUGAUGUUUAACUGUUUCUUGUUUUGAAAGAACAACCAAAAGCAUUUACAAAAUGAAAUUGUGUUGUGCUAUUUGAUCAUUAUUUUGGUUGCUAUGGCAACAAUUCAUUCAAUGGGUAUUUUUUCAAUAAUCUUGUAUAAUUCACAAAAUAUUAAACACUGAUGGCGAUUUUGUGGAUUCUUUUAGCGUUACUAGAACACAAAUGAACCUGUUAAUUAUAAGGACAUUUUGUAUGUUAUUCAAAUGAAGAAUAAAAAUGUAACCAUGGAAACGC